CUCUAAACGUGAAACAUUUUCAAUAUUCACAGAUCUUACCAACCAUUGGAAAUUCAUAGACGACUACUAUGAAGCAUUCAAGCCUUUGUACAUCUGUACCAAGAGGAUGCAAGCGGAGCAUGUUUCUUUGCCUGACUUUUACAUGCUUUGGCUAAGGGCCAUAAGCGAAGUGCGAAAGGUCACCGGUAAUCAAUUCGUUCCUGGCUUGCUUACUUCGCUCAAUACAAGGCUAUCAACCCUUCGAGGAUCAAGGGCUUUCAAAAUGGCUCUUUUCCUUGAUCCACGAUUCAACUAUCGUGGAUCAAAGUUUUUCUCACCUGAGGAGAAAAUGGAAAUUAUGGGGUACAUCAACGAAACAUGGCAGCGGAUUCGCCAACUACAAUCGCCAGCAUCCACUUCAAGCACAAGGAACGAAUCUCUGUCAGAGUCCGAACGAAAUGAUGAUUUUGAUGAGUAUCUCACUGAGAUGUACGGUGGCUCUGUCAAUACUGAUGGAGAACCCAGCGAGACGAAGUUUCUACAACAACUACAGUCACUGGACUUGGAACCACGCCAGAAUUCUAACUACAACGUUUGGGACCACUGGUUGCGACGUAAGACAACACAUCCCGAGUUGUAUGCUGUGGCCAUGGUUGUGUUGUCCACACCAUCAAACCAGGUCUCAGUAGAAAGGGCCUUUAGUGUUCUUGGUCUAGUGUUGAGCAACCUUCGCACCAAACUCGCGGAGGAUACAUUAACCAACAUACUAUUAGUAAAGUUGAACAAAGCUCUAUUCCCGCAGGCUAUUGCGACGGCCUACAACUGGAAAGAAGUCGAAAGAAAUUAGAUCACUGUUUGAUGAUUGAAUGUUUUUUCAUAAACCCUUCAUAAACCCUCGAACAUAUAUAAAAUAUAUUCAAACACACCCCAGCAUACAACAUUAUUCCUCGAUUAUUUUUUCAAACCUUUUUUUUCGUCGUGUACAUCGCCUAAAACUUGCAUGCAAUCAA